AUGGAAAAGUUAGAUAUCCCUCAAAAAGCGAUAUCUGAUUUUGCUGGAACAUCUCCUGAUAGUGCUAGAGAUAUUAUAGGCUUUUUCCAUCACAAUUUAAGUCAGCAUACUAAAGAAAUUGCAGUAAUUAACACAGCAUUAGCAGAUUUAGCGAAAACAAGAGUCGACAGCGAGUUCAAAGAUAAUGUAACUUCAUUUAUGGAAAUGAAUGAACAAAAAAUAGAGAGACUUUCAACAUCAUUUAAAUUGCUCACUAAACAAGUUUUUCAUAAUGACGCUUCUGUUCAAAACAUGAUUGAUAUUUCUAUCAAUAAGUUCGCAGAGAAACUAACUGUCGAGAAGAAUAACCAGGAUAAUAACGAAAUUAUAGAUAAAUUAACAGAUAGAAUAAUAGAACUCGAAAGAAGCAAUGCAGUGCUAUUAGAACGAGUUGGAUUCCUUGAGAAAUUAGGAGUCCCAGCACAGCCUGCUGCAAAUCAGGCUCAAAAGAAGAAAGUUAUGUUUACAAAUGUAAAUAAUAUUUGUAUUUUUGAUUGUGCUCCAUCUGAACUACAAUUUGAUAGUCCAGAUCACCGAAUGAGCUUUCAGAAUGCAAUUUAUGCCCUUACAAAGCAAAAAGAAGAACUCAAAGACCUCAAAAAUAUAAUAAAUGAGAAUAACAAACGAUUUGGAGGUUUCAUUCAGAUGUCACAAGAUUCAUUUAACAAUAUAGAUGCGCACAUCAAGCAAAUACAAGAUAAUUCUGCAGAAAAUUUCAAUAAAAUUUACAAAAAGUUCGAUUUAUACGUCUCCAAGGAAGAACUUAAUUUCGAUCUUCAAGGAUAUGGAAUUAAAAAUUCACCUUCUCUAGGAAAAGCCCAAAAUCUGGGACUUACGAGACCAAUGACAGCUAUUUCAAAAACCACGUCGUUUGAACCAUGUGAACAAUCACAGUUCAUGCCACCAGUGUCAGUAACAAUGAUUUCCGGUGACAAUUUGACUCGUCCUGCAACUACUCAAGUUGGAAGAGGAACAAGAUCCAACACAAGGAAAUCUAGGUCAAAAAUAACAUCUCACUGA